AAUCAACGGGAAGGGAAACCUCACCUGGUUCAGGUGGCUCGAGUGUCACCUGUGCACACCUGCGCCCGUGUCAUCUGAACUUCCGCGAGUUCGCAUACCUGGCAAGGAGCCAGAAUUUUCAUUUAGGGUGGGAAAAAUAACUGACGAACACUGGACAGGCCGGUCCAUAAGGGCACAAAGCAGACGCAGCCUCCAGCGGCCAACGAGCGUGAAGAAGGACACUGCAGUAGACAGGGACUGCCGCCGCAAUCGCGGAGCUAAGAUUUCGGUUACUUCCGACAAGUCCCAUCAAGGCAAGAACAAGGUUCCUGGCAUCGACAGGUACUGAGGAACCUGGCAAGACUCGCACAGGACCGACGGCUUCCCUGGCAACGUCCGCAUUCUGAAAGGCUCGACGAGCGAAGUCUCAGGAUGCCCCUAAAGCCUGCAGCAAGCCUGCAGCAAGACCGGGGCUUCCCGGUGAACCGGUGGCCCUCUUGGUCCCAGAGGCACCGGGGCUCACUGUCCGUCAACAUGAUCAGCCUGCCGCUGGGCGACUUCCGCCACCUGUCACACAUCGGGGGCAAGGACCACCAGGACAAUUUCGGCGAUCUCUCCUUCCUGCGGUCGGGUCAUAACCUACUUCUGCAGUCCUCAAAGAGUGAGCAGAACCUGCUCCUGGCCUGUGCCCCGCCACCCAAGCCCCCCCGCCUGAAUCUGGAGUCUCCCGAAACACAAGGCCCCCCCGACUGGAACGUCAGGAGCCAGUAUUCGCAGCGACGCAAGAUGUGCAGUUCCCUGCCACUGCUGGACAGUGAGGAAGGGGAAGAGCCAGCCUCAGAGGAGGCUGAGGUUGGGGGUAGCACCGGGCGGGACAGCACCAGGCGGGACAGCACUGGCCAAGGCAGCGUCAGCUCUGGGGGGGACGAAGACUCAUUUCCAGCUAAAAUGGAAGAAGUUCUGCCAGAAGAGGACGAUUCCAUCUUCUCCCUGGACCUGGGCCCAUCCAUCCUAGAUGAUGUCCUCAGGGUGAUGGACAGGUUCCACUAAUGAGUCAAGGAGCCCCAAACUUCUCAUCCACCAUCACCAGGGGUCCUGCAAGUAAUGACUGCUGACGUGAGCACUGUUAGCAACAUGCUAACACAAGCCAUGAUGAGAUGGGUUUCUGCUAAAGUCUGCCGUGCUGUCAUGUGACGAGGCAUGAAGGCGCAAUGACGAUGAUCCUUCUCGUGGAUUUACGUGAAGGUCGGGUGACCCGCUGUAAGGGACCUACCAUCGCUUUGAACAUUUCCUUCAGCAGAAAGCACUGUUCUGGGCUGGAGUGACACACCCGCAUUUCUGCACAGGCUAACGGCUAAACAAGAAGACAUGGAAGCUCUUCUGGCCCAGUUGCAGAUCACCAUACAUUCCAAGCUUCAGUCUGACAGUUUAGACUGACGCCUUUAUCCCUUGGUUGUGCACACAAAAGCUUCAUAUUUAUAGUAAAGGCGGGACUGUGUAACACGCCCCAAUAAAAAAGCCUUGAACAUCAAAGCAGUUUGAAAA